AUGGCGGCCACUGCCUUCGACCAGCUACGAUUGCUCUUCCCAGAAAACACCACCGAGAAGGUGGUAACUCCUAUCGACCAGGACAAUAACAGCGAGAAGUACCAAGCUGCUGUAUCCCGUCCCUGGUCGCAGACUUGCUGGAUCCCCGCGGCAGCGUACGUCUACCUGAGCUCUGUUCAGGAACUGAUCCAGGCGCUGGCCAUUGUGCGAAAGACCGGCACCAAGUUCGCCAUCCGGACCACCGGCCACAACCCCAACGCCGGUUUCAGUAGUGCCGGCGAGACAGCCGUCGUGCUGGACAUCAGUCAGCUCAAAUCCAAAGAGCUAAUCACGGCCGACGAAGGGGUCACCGUCGCCCAGUUUGGUGCCGGAAAUACCUGGGGCGAUGUAUAUCAUUGGCUGGAGGAGCGGGGAUUAUCAGCCAUUGGGGGCAGGGACUCGCAGGUGGGCUUAGGGGGGUUUCUCUUAGGAGGGGGUAUGGGCGCCUUGCCUAAUCUCCAUGGGCUUGGUGCGGAUGGGGUGAGAAACUUUGAAGUCCUGCUAGCCGACGGCCGUCUCGUCAACGCCAACGCGAAUGAGAACUCUGAUCUCUACCGCGCUCUAAAGGGCGGUGGCUCGAAUUUUGGCAUCGUGACGCGGCUCGACCUCGCAACCCACCCUCUGAUCAAUGUCCAAUACACUAUCAACCUCUACAACCCCGAUGAUCACGUGGCAAUCAAUCAGGCCACCGUGGCAGUCCAACAGGCCAUGGAGGAGGAUCCCAAGAUUGGGCUGUUCACCAACUUCAACAAUGGCUUCGUUGCGGUGGGCUUACUCUACGGAGACCACCCGGCCGAGCCCCCCCAGGCUUUCGGGCCGUUCCACAACCUGAAAAGCCUGGUGGCAACGGCGCUCCAGUCCACGAAUGGCACGCUCUUGUCACUAGCUCAAGCUAUGGGUCAUCCCCAGACGGCUCAGAAGCGACGCAUUUGCACAAUCACCACCAAGGUUUCGCACGACCUGUACGAAGAAGUGUUUAAGGCCUGGGGAGAGGUCAGCAAGACCCUCCCUACUGGUGCCGUUCUACAUUAUACCAUCCAGCCAUUUGGUAAGGCAGGUGUCCAGGCUGGCAAAGCUCGUGGAGAGAACAUCAUGGGUCAUGAGAAUGUUUCACAGUGUUGGUGGGUUUUCACCUGUGAGUGGCCUAAAGACGGCAGUGAUGAUGCCGCAGCGGAGAACGCCAUCGAUGCCAUGUCGGAAAAGGUGCAAUCCCUGGCCAAUGCCAAGGGUCUCCUCCUAGACUUUAAAUGUAUGAGCUUUGCUACCGCCUCGCAGAAGGUUCUGGGCAGCUAUGGGGCUGAGAACGUCAAGCGGAUGCGGGAAGUGGCAGCUAAAUACGACCCGGAAGGCGUCUUUCAGAAGCUGCAGAAUGGCGGCUUCCUUUUACGCGACAACGUCUAA